AUGACAAUAUUGUCCGAAGCCGCGAUUUUGCAGAAGGUAAGGGUUGUGGUGAAAAACGGCAUUGAGAGCGAUAAUUCUGUCACAAUCCGUUGCUAUUCGUCCGAUGAUAAUUUAGGGUUACAUCGGCUUUCUUAUGGGGCAGAGUUUGGGUGGAAUUUUCGCGUCAACUUCUUUGGCACCACAAAAUUUUACUGCGACUUGGUAACGAAGAGUGGUUAUGGGAAUUACGGUGUUUACGACUACAAAAUUUCCGAAUUUUGCAACGAUUUUUGUCUGUGGGUGCUGACCAAAGACGGGCCGUGUUUGAAGCAUAAGCAAGAUCGGUAUGAACAGUGCCAAGCAUGGAAGUUUCACAGUUAA